AUGAGUGACAGAGAAAAAAGAUACUGGGCAAGAGAAGAUAAGAAGGUUGGGAAACAAUUCCAGUUUCAUCAACCUCCUGAGGGUCAGACAGCCUCAGAAGUCUUAAGGGCUCACUGGGAAUCUUCCGGGGAAUCUAACAUGGCUGAAGGAGAAAGGUCAAUCGGGGGAAAUGAGGGGUUCACCCGCAACAGAGAUGAUAGUGGAAAGGAAAGAGAAAGAUCUCUGAGUCCUGGGAAGAGAUUUGAAAGGAAGAUGGAUGCUUUAAUGGACAUGGUAUCCCUCAUGAUGGGAAGAGUGGGUCAGAACACCACUCCUCAGAAUAACUCAGGCCAUAGAGGAGAAUAUAGUGCCUCCAAACCCCAAGAUGAACAUGCAGGCCGGGUAGUACCUAAUAAUACCAACAUAUCUUCCAGGCCCUUUAAACCCACUUUCCUGGCACCUACAAUCAACCAGCCAGAUCCCGAGGAGAAUGCUUCAUUUGUGGAGCAGUUGAGACUCGGUAGAGCAGAGUAUGAUUCUCUGCCUGAUGACAUCAAAAUGGAUAUGUCCUAUAAUGAUUUUAUGGAUCAUAAAAGGAAAAACAAAGGACAAGGGAGGUAUUAUGACCAAAGGAGAUCAUUCAAUCAAGGGGAUUUGUACCAAGCUGUCAACAAAGUUAUCCUUCCACACUUUGACGGAAGUGAGACUAAUUCAGCCCGAGCUUGGAUUCAGAAGCUGGAUAACUAUCUAGCUCUUAGGCCAAUGGCAGAAGAAGAAGCGAUUAAGUUCGCUACGCUGCACCUGGACGGAGUAGCGCACGAGUGGUGGUACCAUGGCCUCAUUACUCUUGGUCAUCGAUCUAUCACAACGUAUGAUGAGUUCACCACUAGGCUCAUCGAGAGGUUUGAGAAGAAGGAUCCUGAAAUCCAUUUCAGAGAGCUUGCUCAACUGAGACAAUAUAGUACGGUCGAGGCUUACAUUGCAGAGUUUCAAAGGCUCUCAGUCAUGGUGACUGGAAUCACGGAAAGGAGACUGGUGAUUUUGUUUAGUGAAGGGUUGACAGAACCUCUCAAAGGUUGGAUCAAAGCCUUUGACCCUCCAUCACUGCAAGAAGCCAUGAAAAAGGCAAGGAACAUGGAGUGGGCUGCUCCUAAGGCCAAGUUUCAGUCAAAUUCCCCCUUUCAGAAAAGGGAUAAGGGAAAAAGGCCUCAGCAUAGACCACCCUUGAGACCUCAACACCAAGAGUUCAAGAACCGCAAUCCAAAUGUUACCAGAUUGGAUCCAGAAACCCUGAAUGAACUCAGAAGGAAAGGGUUAUGUUUUCGGUGUAGAGAAAAAUGGUCUCAAGAUCAUGUUUGCCAAAAGGGGGUUAAGUUCAAUCAGAUUGAAUAUUAUUCUGCUGGUGAAAGUGGGUCUGAUUUAUCCGACCAGCAAUCUGAUUAUGAAGAAAGUGAAGGUGAUAGAGCCCCAGAAGAAUCUGGAGAUGAAAAGGAGUAUGGUGGAGUCUUGGCCCAGCUCUCUAGUUUUCAAAGAAACGAAUCAUUCAAGGUUCGUGGGAUGAUCAAAGGGCAGCGAAUUGUUGCCUUGAUCGACACCGGAGCAACACAUAACUUCAUUGAUGAAGUUGUAGUAGCCAAGAAGGGGCUGCAAACUGAAGAGUUUGAAGGGUUCAAGGUCAUGGUUGCAGAUGGAUUUCAUAUCUCUUGCACCAAGAAGAUUUCAAACAUGACCAUGCAGUUGGGAAACUACGAAGUCAAGGAUGACUUCUACGUAGUACACAUUGGGGAUACUGAUGCUGUCUUAGGUAUUCAAUGGCUGCGAUCUCUUGGAGAGAUCUCCUUGAAUCUGCAAACUAUGGAGUUAAAGUUUCAAUCAGAUGGGAAGAGAGUAGUUCUAAGAGGCAUGUCUAAUGGAGGUCCGCGAGUGGUGUCAUUCAAAAGAAUGGCAAGACUGAUCCGUCAUGAUCAAGUUGAAUGGGUUGCCGAAUGUAUGAUCCUCCCUGCAAGUCCCAUUGAGGCUAAGCGUGAUCAACCUCCUGAUAUCCAGUCUCUGCUUGCAAAGAAGAGUGCAGUUUUUGCCGACUUGCCUCCUGGACCUCCCCCUGAACGGGGUUCAGAACACAUUAUAGAGCUCAAGGAAGGAGCUAAACCAGUGAUCACAACUCCAUACCGGUAUCCAAAGAGGCAGAAGGAUGAAAUAGAAAGGAAUAUUCAAGAACUCCUGGAGAUGGGUUUCAUUCGCCCAAGCAAGAGUCCCUUUGCUUCAGCAGUAGUGCUUGUUAAGAAAAAAGAUGGGACCAUGCGCAUGUGCGUGGACUAUCGUGCUUUGAAUCAAAGCACCAUCAAAAAUAGAUACCCCAUUCCCAGAAUUGAUGAACUCAUUGAUGAGUUACAUGGGGCCAAGUUCUUUUCGAAGAUCGAUCUGAGGUCGGGCUACCACCAGAUUCGGAUGAGGGGAUCUGACGUGGAAAAGACAGCCUUCAGAUGCCACUAUGGCCAUUUUGAAUUCCUAGUCAUGCCCUUUGGGUUGACUAAUGCUCCAGCCACCUUCCAGUCUUGCAUGAACCGUGUCUUUCAGAAUCAGUUAAGGAAAUUUGUGCUGAUAUUUUUUGAUGACAUCCUGAUUUACAGCAAGACUUGGGAUGAGCACCUUAAACAUUUGGAGGUAGUGCUUAGUACCCUAGAGUCAGAAAGUUUGUUUGCAAAAGCUUCCAAAUGUGAAUUUGGAACGGAGGAGUUAUUGUACUUGGGUCACAUAAUCAGUGCUGGGGGAGUAAAGGUGGAUCCGGAGAAAAUAAAAGCAGUAAUGGAUUGGCCACCUCCCGAGAACUUGACUCAAUUAAAAGGAUUUCUAGGUCUAUGUGGUUUUUAUCGGAGGUUUGUUAAGGGGUAUUCCCAGAAUGCAGCUCCUCUUACUGAUCUCACCAAAAAGGGGGCCUUUGUUUGGUCCGAAAGAGCUCAAGAGGUGUUUGAUAAAUUUAAGAAAAUCAUGAGCUCGUGUCCAGUUCUAGCCAUUCCAGACUUUUCCAAACCAUUUGAGUUGCAGUGUGACGCAUCAGGUGAAGGAGUUGGCGCUGUCCUGAUGCAAGACAAACACCCUAUCGUGUUUGAGAGCAGAAAAUUGAGGGGUGUGGAGAGAUCCUAUUCAAUUUAUGACAAAGAAAUGCUUGCCAUUAUGCAUGCAUUAGCCAAGUUCAGGCAGUACUUGGUGGGAAACAAGGAAAAAUAA